CACUAGUUAGUUACUCCUAAUAGAAGCAUACUCUGUUUCCAGUUUAUUCUGGAAGAACACAUUUACCGAGCCAUCCCCGACCUUUUGAGUUUUGACAACGGUCAAGGCUCCAGCAACCCUUUCUGAAUGCUCCACAGCCAUAACUUAGUCGGAGUAGAAGGGGGAAAAGAGAAAAGGACAGAAACUGACAUCCCUUGAGACCGAAGCAAAGGCAACCAGAAUAGUAACCUUAAGCAGGUGGGAAAAGUCGAAAACAGAUGGAUGUUUCAGCCUGUUGACCAGUUUUGUCAAACGAAUUUGCUUGGGUAAAUCACUUUGUUAAAAUCUCGAUUCCCAAUUUAGGGUGGAGAACGACAUCUUUCGGUUUAUUUUGGCCUGUGACAAAGCUCAUGACAACUUGAAAUGCUACAUUCUACGUAUAAUUGCAGAGCCGCCAGCAAAGAUACUGAGCACGGGCACGAGCGAAUACAUGGUUGUGAGUCGUGUCGUGUCGAGGAGUGGGGUAUAUUUUAGUCAUUUUCAUAUUUCAUGUUCUUUUGGCUUUGUUCGACUCUUUUCUUUUUUUAAGAAGGAAAACAUUCGGUAAUUAAACACCCACAACUUGAAGCCCGCUCUCCUAGAUCCUAGCAGUGGAAUAGCCUCAAACCCUUCUCUUAUGGUCAAUUGUUCUACCGUCUUUUUGAAAAAUUUGCUCCAUCAAACGCGCAAAUACAUGCAUAAAAGGAUAAGUCCUCCCCUCUACCAAAUCCCGUUGAAGAACUGUUCUUGCGGUAUUUUGAAGCGAUUUGCCGAUGAACUACUUUGAUGGAGAGACAGAGAAGUUUCUCCUUCAAAUCCACAAGAUUCUUGGUGUUUUCGUUCAUAGUAUCUUCUUCUUUUAUCUUCCUGGUUAUCUUUUUUACCUGGGUCGUCAAAUCCAACCCUUCAGUUCAUCAGGCAACCCAUUUUCAGUUCAACAAAUCAUUCGUUAAUCUGGGUGGUCCUAAACCCGUAACUGUAGAGAGCUCGAGUAGUUCCAUUAGUAACGAUUCAGCAGGAACCGUUAAGCGUUCAACUGUGACAGAUUCCCCUUUUUUUAAGCGUGAAAAUGCAUCUGGGUCUGAUAAAUUUUCAGGUUUGAAGGAGAUCCAGAGACAAGAAAGUGAGAGUGAAGUGCUGGAAGAUGGUGACAGUGAACUUGAGGAUCCUGAAACUGAUCAAGACGGUGCACCUGGACCUUCAAUAGAAGAUAUUGAAGUUGAAAGCAGUGAAUUAACUGAAAAGGAUGAGAUUAGAGCAAAUUCAGUUGACAAACUUGAGCUUCCAAGCAAUAUUGAAAACAAAGAAGAGAAGAAGACAAGAGUAACUUCAGUUGAUAAAAAUGAAGUUCCAAGUAAUGGGAAAAUUGAGGAGAAGAAGAUAAAUAGCUGUGAUAUAACAAGAGGCAAGUGGGUUUAUGAUGAGCGCUAUCCUCUGUACACAAAUGGAUCGUGCCCUUUCAUUGAUGAAGGUUUUAACUGCGAUAGCAAUGGAAGGCGUGAUAGGCAUUACAUGAAGUGGAGAUGGCAACCACAAGAUUGUGAUUUUCCUAGGUUCAAUGCAGAAAAGAUGCUGGGUUUGAUCCGAGGGAAAAGACUGGUCUUUGUGGGAGAUUCAAUCAAUAGAAACCAAUGGGAAUCCAUGCUUUGUAUGUUAAUGAAAGCUGUAAGAGAUCCAAAGAAGGUCUAUGAGACUCAUGGGCGAAGAAUCACCAAAGGGAAGGGGAAUUAUAGUUUCAAAUUCGUGGAGUAUAAAUGUACAGUCGAAUACUAUGUUUCUCACUUUUUAGUUCACGAGAGCAAGGCAAGGAUCGGACAAAAGCGGAAACCCACUUUGCGAAUUGAUGCCAUCGAUCAUGGUUCAUCAAGAUGGAGAGGGGCAGAUAUUUUGGUCUUCAACACUGCACAUUGGUGGUCUCAUUACAAAACAAAGGCAGGGAUCAACUACUAUCAGGAAGGGAACCAAGUACAUCCACGACUUGAUGUGUCCACAGCUUUUAGAAGAGCUUUGAUGACCUGGGCAUCAUGGGUUGAUAGACACAUUAAUCCAGGCAAAACACAAGUUUUCUUUAGAAAUUCCGCACCUUCCCAUUUCAGGGGAGGACAGUGGAAUUCAGGUGGUCACUGUACGGAAGCUGCUUGGCCCCUCAAUGACACCUUGGGCAUGAGCUACCCUGAGAAGAACAAAAUUGUGGAGGAGGUAAUUUUGCAGAUGAAAACUCCUGUAACAUUACUGAAUGUGACUGGUUUAUCUGCAUAUAGGAUAGAUGGUCAUCCAUCAAAAUACGGGAAAAAUCCAGGGAAUCGUUACUCGUCCAACAUUCAAGAUUGCAGCCAUUGGUGUCUUCCUGGUGUUCCAGAUACAUGGAAUGAAAUUUUGCAUUUCCAUUUGCAAUCCAAACAAAAGUUCAAGUCUCACUCCAGAUUUCAAUUGUGAUAUUCAGCAUGUAUAUUGUUUCAAUUCUUUCAGCUUGUGAUCUUGUUAGAUAGCAUGCAACAAUUGUAGUUAAAACAUUUUUGGGCCAUGUCUUGGAAAUUCAAUUGAGAAAUUUUGGAUGUGGUUCUUCUUUUCCAA